AUGCUUACUAGUAUAGAUGAUCAAUUCAUCUAAUGUGGAUCCAAUUCACUUCAUAUGUUGGUAAUGAUGAAGGUAGAUGUCAGAAAUCAAUGCUUUGAGAAUAUCAGAAUAAAGGAUACUUCUUUAAUUGGUGGUAACUUUUUUAGAUGUAAUAUGAAUGGAUCAGAAUUUGAGAAUGUGGAUAUCAGCGGAGUCAAUUUUAAUGGAGCUUAAAUGUUCAAUUGUAAAUGGAAGAACAUAAAAGUCCAUGAAUUGAAUAGGUUGGAUGGCCAUAGUAGUUGUGUAAAUUCAGUCUGUUUCUCUCCUGAUGAAAAUACAUUAGCUUCUGGUAGUAAUCACUUGUGGUUAAAAAUAUAACGAUCAUGUGACAAUAAUUGA